GUCCAAUUUGACAUUUUCCACAACUUCUAGCCAGGCAUGGCUACUCCAAUUUUCACGCGCAUACCAUGGCGCACAGUUAGCAGGCUGGGGGCGUCGGUAUGUUAUUAAAAUCCGUAUUGCGCCAGGGAGGAUCACAAUUGACAAUAUUCGCAGUCAAAGCCAGUCUUCUCGAAUGCCUUCAGAACACCACAAUGUGCGGCUGCACCCCUCACCUCGCAUUCUGUUAGAUAUUCAUCGAAUAUAUCGUACGCUUAUUUUAUUCGACUUUCAAAAUCUAAAGACUGACACCAUUCCAGCGAUGUACCAAACCCGGUGUCUGCAGACAGAACCUCGAUGUAUUUACCUCCAUGUCCCCAUGUCCCCAGCAAUUCCUAACCAGCCAGUAGGACUCCACCAGCAGCAGCACCUACCUCGGAAGAACCAUCCGACGAAGAUAUCUUUGAUGUUCGUUACCCUCGUAACGUUCAAGCCAUCUACCUCAAGCCCCUCCGCCGCGAAGCCGAAUACGGAGUUCCCUCCUGCGAUUUGCAGCUUCGAUCCUACAGCGUCCGCAACCUGGAGUUCUUUUCCGACUUCGCCCUCCGCGCGGCAUACUAUCUCAAAUUACCUGCAUAUGGACCUAUACCGUUGCCGAGAAUUAUAGAAAGAUGGACAGUGCCCAGAUCGCAUUUCAUUCAUAAGAAAAGUCAAGAGAAUUUUGAGAGAAAGACGUUGAGGAGGUUGAUUCAGAUUAAGGAUGGACAUCCGGAGACUGUGAGCUUAUGGCUGGCGUUUUUGAGGAAGCAUGCCUACUAUGGAAUAGGAAUGAAGGCGAAUGUUUGGGAAUAUAAUAAGAUUGGUGGGUUUUUCUUGUGUUGGGUUUGAAUGUUACUAAUAUGUUUAUGAUCAGGUGUGGGUAAGGCUAUGGAUGCUAGUAUGGAGGAGAUGAAGGCAGUUAUGGAACCACAAUGGGAGUUGUUCGGUAGGAGACAAGGUACGGAGACGGCAGAAAAGGUUAUGGAGAUCUUGAAUAGAGAAAGCUUCAAGGCGGCUGCGGGAGGCAGCGCUCCUGGUGUGAGAAUUGAGCCAUGAUUUGGUUUCAGCUCAAAAAGCUAUAAGAAAAGCCAGUGGAAUGGGGUUAGACGAAGGAUGAAUAGAUAUUAAGACGGAACAUGCAUUGCCACAUACAUGAACUGUGGAGUUUGGAUCAAGCUUUGAUGUAUUGUAUGUAUAUGUAGAAGGAAGAAUCAAGAUACUAGCUUCAGUAGCUUUUAUCAGACCAAAUCCAUUCCAGGCUUCAAAACCACU